AUGGCCGGAACCAGGAAUUACGAUUUUUUGAUUAAACUCCUUUUGAUAGGCGAUUCCGGUGUAGGAAAAUCAUGCUGUCUCUUGCGUUUCAGCGAGGAUAGUUUCACACCUUCGUUCAUCACCACGAUUGGAAUUGAUUUCAAGAUUCGUACAAUUGAGUUGGAUGGAAAGAGAGUGAAGUUGCAAAUUUGGGACACGGCGGGUCAGGAGAGAUUUAGGACGAUCACCACGGCGUAUUAUAGGGGGGCGAUGGGCAUCUUGCUUGUUUAUGAUGUUACAGAUGAGAGAUCUUUUACAAAUAUCCGCACCUGGUUCAGCAACGUCGAACAACAUGCCACCGAAGGUGUAAACAAGAUCCUCAUAGGCAACAAGUGCGAUUGGGAAGACAAACGAGUUGUAUCUACCGAACGUGGUCAACAAUUAGCAGAUGAACUCGGCAUUCCUUUCCUCGAGGUAUCCGCCAAGAGUAACAUUAAUGUAGAAAAGGCAUUCUAUAGUUUGGCGGCAGAUAUCAAGAAGAGAAUCGUGGAUACGAGUAAGAUAGAUCAGGCGGCGCAACAAGGUGUUGAUGUGGGUGGUCAAAGUAGUGGAGGUGGAAGUAAAUGUUGUUAG